AUGUCGACUCUGCAGAAUGUAGCUCUUUUCAUGUUCCUGAUCUUCUUGCCAAUGGGUAGGGCUGUAUUUUGUAGUUUGCUCCUCUUUAAUAUUUCCUAAGUACAUUGCAUAAGUUAUAUAUCCGCCGGCAAUUUCGUUCUCAUGCUAGUAACAGUGGCGGACCUCGUGAAACUAAAACCAGAAUUUGAUGAAUUUUCUCUGCUCUUUCAUAUUACGUCAGCUUUUGUAAGUAUUCUUCUCGGUUGAAGACUCUCUGCAUCCAUUUCUAUCAACGCGAUUCUGGGGUUGCAUGACGCAACGGCAAAAAAAGAUAAUGGUAUCCGCGUUGACUCAGCAAUUCUUAGAUUAUUUUUACUUUUUGUUUUGUUUUUGGUUUAAUUAAAAAGGUUUGCCAGGUUUGCAAAGGUUUUUCUCGUGAAUUAUCUUAAGAACUUGGUGAAAACCUCAACACAGUAAUUCUUAAAUUGAUUUCAGUUAGUUAGAGCUAGAACUAUGGCUCCAAACACCGUAGCAGAAUUGUUGGCCUUAUUGACCUAACUCUAGAUCUUCUUUAAUUGAAUUUCGUUGCAGUGAUUUCCCGAGAAUGCUAUGAGUGUCGCAGUUCGUUCUCUUUCCAAGCUUGUGACGCCAGUCGAAGGAGAGUAAGGUGUUUGACCUCCCAGCAUUGCAUCACAGCAAGCGCCAAAAGAACAUCUGGCAUCAGAGAUGAGGGAUACGUUAAAGGCUGCGCUGCGACCUGCUCAGCAUCAGGCAUUCCAAUAUGCAACAAUCCUAACUACAAAUGUGAAGUUAGUUGUUGUUCUUCUGACUACUGCAAUGGAGGGGGAGCCGGAGGAAGAGCCCCAGGGGGAGCCCCGGGGGGAGUCUCGAGUCCCAUGGUCAACAGGAUUCUUCUAAUUGCCACCUUCACUGCCAGCGUUAUGUAUUUGUUCAGCUGUUAA